CCAUCUCACUCACAAUGAGUGAGAUGGACACAGAAACAUGGCACAUAGCACACUAAGAACUCCUGUCUUUUUUUGUCUUUUUUUCAGUUUUUUAAGUGCUAACCUAAAAACUCUAAUGUAUUAAACUCUUGGAGUUUUGACAAAAUUAACAAAAAGUUAUCACAACUUGCCCCUGAAAGUUUAUUUUUCACAAACCUACACAUUUAAGUUCAAAAUCUAAAACUAGCUAAAUUUAUUAGACUUAAAGGGUAAAAGAUAAUAGACACAACUAAAUGCCGCUCAAUUGUUUUGCAGUGCACACAGACACAGUCCUCGGUUCUCUACCCCUACACCCCCAUCCUGCUCCUCUGUACAGCCCCCUCAGCCCGCCCACUGCUCUCCGUCCGUCACUCCCUUUUCUUGUCCCUCCUCCUCAGAGGACCGACUCUGUCUCUUUCUGCACUUGUCUCUCCAGUCAAGGAGAAACUAAUUGGAAGAAAGAAUAAACGAAAGGAACUUUUGAAAUACUGAGCGCAGCAAAAGUUUACUUCUCUGCAGCAUGCCUCAGAAAGAUUACAGAACUCAACCCAGCUGGGAGACUGGUGUUGCCUCCAUGAUUCAAAACAGUCACAGUGGAGUAAACCAGCUUGGAGGUGUGUUUGUAAAUGGAAGGCCUUUACCUGAUUCAACAAGGCAGAAGAUAGUGGAGCUUGCUCAUAGUGGGGCUCGGCCAUGUGACAUAUCCAGAAUACUACAGGUGUCUAAUGGCUGUGUGAGUAAGAUCCUGGGUCGGUAUUAUGAGACGGGCUCAAUCCGUCCUCGGGCCAUAGGAGGGAGUAAACCCAGAGUGGCGACUCCAGAGGUGGUGGGAAAGAUCGCUCAGUACAAAAGAGAGUGUCCAUCCAUUUUUGCCUGGGAGAUUAGAGACCGACUACUGGCAGAGGGAGUCUGCACCAAUGACAAUAUACCCAGUGUUUCAUCAAUAAAUCGAGUGCUCAGGAACUUGGCCACUGACAAGCAUCCAAUGGGCACAGGGGCCACUGAGGGAAUGUUUGACAAACUGAAGAUGCUUAAUGCACAGGGCUCCUGGGGAGGACGCUCAGGGUGGUACGCUGGGACCACAAUCCUGAACACAGGUGCAGACUGCCCUCAGACAGACGCAGCGGAAAACGACAUUUCAAUCAGUUCCAACGGUGACGAUUCAGAUGAGACUCAGAUGAGGCUUCAGCUGAAAAGAAAGCUGCAGAGAAACAGAACAUCCUUCACACAGGACCAGAUAGAAGCACUAGAGAAAGAAUUUGAAAGGACUCACUAUCCAGAUGUUUUUGCACGUGAACGACUUGCCAAUAAAAUCGAUCUUCCUGAGGCAAGAAUUCAGGUUUGGUUUUCAAACAGACGUGCAAAGUGGAGAAGAGAGGAGAAGUUAAGGAAUCAACGCCGGCAGGUGUUGAGCUCCUCCAGCCAUAUUCCCAUCAACAGCAGCUUUAGCAGCAGUGCUUACUCAUCUCCAGCUCAGCCUUCAGCACCAGUGUCCUUUUCUUCAGGGUCCAUAAUAGGAAGAUCAGAUCCGGUUCUGUCCAAUACCUAUGGCCUAACAAUGCCAAGCUUCAGCAUGGCCGCCAGCCUGCCCAUGCAAGCUUCAAACCAGACCUCUUAUUCCUGCAUGUUGCCCAACAGUCCUUCUGUAAACAGUCGCAGUUAUCAGACGUAUACUCCUCCACAUAUGCAGCCACACAUCAGCAGCCAGUCAGUGACGUCCUCCACAACAUCUUCAACAGGUUUGAUUUCUCCUGGCAUCUCAGUUCCAGUCCAAGUUCCUGGAAGUGAAGCAGAAUUGUCUCAGUACUGGCCACGCCUGCAGUGACGUCAUGGCUGCCUGUGGUGGCUUCAGGCACAGGACUUUGGAAUCCUCAAUAGGAGAGAGGUCCAUCACUGUCAGACUGACUGACACCGAGCGCUGCCUGAAGCUCGGCAAAGGCAAAAAGACAAAGACCCCUUUUGUUGCUUUCCAGGAAAUCCUCUGACUCUGAAUGUUCUUAUAAACAGAAAGAAUUUGGAUCCUGUUGUACAACAGAAAACUUUGUGUUAUAUCUGGUGGAUCAGGAAGGUGGACAGCCUUUUGGUAACAGCAAGCUUUGAGAAAAAAUAAAAAGUUUCAAUGUACAUGGACAUUCCACUGAGAAACAUUUUACCUCUAAUGCCAUUUGAUAAUCUUUACAUGCUACUGAAUUUGUAGCGAGUGUUUUCUGCCUGGAUAAAAAGACCUUAAUGAAACUGGAAGUGCUGUGUUUUGUUUUUUCUUUAACAGACUCCAAAAAGCCUUGACCUCAGACAUGUACAGGACUUUAAAAGAAGCAUUCUUGUGAUAUAUGUUUGGUAUUGUAAACCAUGACAUAUUUGUGAACAAGCAUGACUCAGAUUUGAAAGCAUUGGUGUCCAAAAGAUGUAAACUAGUUUCUAAUUUCAAGUGUGAAAGUGUUUGUCUUAAAUGUUCUGAGAAGGUUUCCACAAUAAAGCUAACAACUGCAUUGUUGUGCAUAGGUUUAUAUAUAAUGGGCAAAUCCACCGUGGCUAAGUGUGCAAACUGGAGUUCAGCAUCUCUUUAAGUUUGAAGACACAAAGACACAUUUCCUUUAGAGCCAGGGAGGAUAGCAUCACGUUCUCCAGGACUGAAGCUGUUUGUCAUGUAUAUUCCAAAAGAACGAAAGGCUUCUGGUGAAAGUUUGUGUUAAAUAUAACUAAAAAGGAUGGGGAAAUGAGCUGCUGCCAUAUUGCUUUUAAAAUUAAAAAAUA